GUUCGAAUGGAAAAUACCUUCAAGUACAGCUGUGUUGCAUCGUAUAAUUUAUACGUCCAUAUAUGCCAACGAUUGGUAGCUGGUACAAUAUUUUCAUGUUGACAAUGUGAAUUACCAACCGCAUCGGUAUUUCCACCUGUGACCUUGACGAAUAUUCGAUUUACAAUCGUCCAGUCACAAUGAAUAACAAAAAAUUGUCUGCUGCUCGGAAAUUGAUGAAGGAACAUCAACGCAAAAAACGUGGUAACUCUCAAGAAAAUUCACAAAACACCCCAACUUACGAACAUGAGUCGUUUACGCAGACUGCAGGCACAGCAGACAAUAAUAUUCAAGAUGGAACACAUAAUUCACAAACCUUGCUGCAGCAAGAAUUUCAAUCAAUAAAUCCAAAUGUACAAACGGUUGCACCUUCAGUAAAAAAUUCAUCUAGCAUUACCGAUGCAUUUAAGUAUACUGAAUCAGUAAAUAACGGUAAUGAAUUAAUAACUGUACAGACUGACGAAAGAAGUAAUCAUAAAGAAAGUGCAAAUCAUUGUAUAAGGAAAAUACCAUCAGCAACCGUUAUAGAUUUAGGAUUUGAAAAUGAAGAUGUACCAAUAUUGUCGCAUGAAAAUAAUGGAAACUGUACAGUGAAUGUUAAUUCUCCAUCAGAAGUGGAAACACUGCAAUUGAAAGAUCAACAUUUAAAAUAUAUAGGAUUUAAUAAAUUUGCAUCUGCACAAAAAGAGCAUUUGAUGCAAAUGGCAUCUGCUGUAGAGGAUGUCUUGAUAGAUAACACAGAAGACAGUAAAGGCUCUACCCUUGAUUCUGAUUUAGAGUACCGAAAUCAAUUCUUGGUUUCUUGUAUCGAAGAGCAAAAACAGCUUGUAACUGAACUACAUAUGCAAGUUAGCCAAUAUAGUAGCAGAGUUUCUGAAUUAGAAGCUGAGCUCGCAGCGAAAGAUGCAAUAUUCGCAGAAAGGCUCGCUCGUGAAGUAAAUCCUUUGAAAGAGCAACUGCAAUUACAUGCUCAAACGACUGGCAUUCUCGUUGGUGAGAAAGCUGAACUUGAUGCUGCUCUCACCCAAAUCCAAUUUACGGCAAAGCAGAAAGCUGUGGAAGUUGAGGAACUAUCGAGUAAGUUGAAAGCUUCCCAAUUGCGUGUAGGAGAACUUGAAAAGGAAUUAGUUAACGUAAAAAGCGGUACUGAAGAAAAGGGCAAUGUUCAUGAAAAUCUUCAAAAAAGUUAUGAGGACCUUGAGAGAAAACAUUUAGAAAUCAGGAAAGCAAAAGAAGAUUUAGAAUUGGAAUCAUCGGAACUCAAGCAAAAGCUAAAUUUCAAGACUACCGAGGUGCUAACUUUGCAAGAACAGUUGCAAGAAAAAGCAGCUUUAUUGUCAUUAAAUGAAAUCAGAAUACAACAGCUGACAACUUCUCCACAAGCUGCUCAAGCCUUGGAUGAGCAAACCAAUGCAGUAGUAACACUUGAACAAGAAGUAACCGACUUAAAAGAAGCUCUAAGCUCUGCUUGCCAAGAGAAAGAAGAAAUUAGUAAACAAUACCAAUCCUAUGUACGACAAAUAGAAGCUGAACAUUCCAGGAUUCUUGCCGCUAUUGAAACCGAGAGGAAAGCAUUUGGCGACUGGGAAGUAAGAGAGCAAAGUUAUAUCCAACGAUUAUCAUUUUUGGAACAACAGUUGCAACGUGAAAGAGAAAGGGCCGAUUCUUCAACAUCUGUUGAAAAUUAUAAGGAGCAAGUAGAUGCUCUCACAAAAAAUGUUGAGGAACUCACGAUGGUUCAGAAUAACCUUCAAGAUGCAUUGAAUGAAAAAGAUUCGCACAUAGAAUCACUAAAGAAAGAAUUACAAGAGGUACAAGUGAAUGCGGAAAUGGGGCUUGAAGCAUCAAAACUGGCUUCGGCACUCGAAAGUGAAAAACUUACAACUUCUCGUGCAGUUUCACAAAAUCAACAACUUAAACAACAACUUGGAGAGAUGCACGAUGCUUUCAUUUCAUUGAGUAACAGUAAAUUAGAUUUAACGGAACAAAUUCAAGCAGAACGAGCAAUCGGGAAAAAGUUAAACGCUCAACUAUAUCAAAUGGAAAUAGAGAUGGAUGAAUUGAAAGAUAAAUUAAAAGAAAAGGAAGGUUUAAUAUUUGAAAUGGAAAAGGAGAAAUUAGAAACUGCUCAAAUUACAGAUCAAAUGCAGCAUUACCAAGCGCAAUCCCAGCACGCAAGUACCAUACAACAAGAACUUCAAAAAGCCUAUAUAACAAUUGAGAACUUGAAGGAAGAAAAUCAGCAACUUCUUGCUCAAUUAAAUUCGCAAAAGCUAGAACAAUUAGUACAAGAAAAUACGAACGUCACAAAUGGGCUGCAAAGUCAAGAUGGCAAUAAUGAAGAACAGACAUUAAUCACAAAGAGCUCAGCGAUAACCCAAACUGAAUUACCAUUACCAGAUGCGACUACUAAUGAUUUAAUUCUCCCUGAUGCAGUAAAGAAAUUGGAAAAUAGAUUUAAAGAGACUAUGGAAAGGAUUGCUGAUCUAACUGACGAAAAACAAAGAUUAGAACAUCUUGUUCUACAACUACAAGGAGAAACUGAAACGAUAGGUGAAUAUGUAAGUCUGUAUCAGAAACAGCGUGCAGUUUUACAAGAAAGAGCUAAAGAGAGGGAUCAAGUUUUUCGUCAGUUGGCAGAACAGCGAAAUCAUCAACAAGAACAACUACAUAAAUUAAAAGUUCUUGUCGCUGAUUUAAUUAAAAGGCAAACGAUCAGUCAGCCAGUUGCAGUUCAUAAUACUACUACUACAACUGAUCAUAGUUCUGAGAAACACGAGGAUGAACUUAAAGCCAAGGAUAACGUUGAUCAUACGAUGGGUACUAAUGACAAGAUAACAUCUGAAAUCCUUGAUUUGUUAACAGAAAUUAAGGAUUGUAAUGACACGUGUUUCCUUGAGCCAAAUUUCCAUCCCUGUCCCUGGUGCAUGGGCAAGCUCAUCACGGUCUAAUCUAUUAUAUUUAUUUCCACUCUUUGUACUGAGCUUAUGCUUCUCUAAGAAAAACAGGUAUUUUAAAAAUAUCUCGCUUGGAAUGUAACAAUUGUACAUAAAUAUUGGUACUUUUAAAGAAUCAAGAAAAUUUAGAAAUGCAAAAAAUCUGAUUCUUACAUACCUCUAAUCCGUAGAGUGCUUCCAGUGGGAACCAACAUGAAACUAAUAUUUUUAAUAAAUACUUGUAAAGUACAUAUAACACAGCAGCCAUUCACAAAAUUUAUUUAAUAGUAGGAACAAAACAAAACUGUUAGAGCAGCAUCAAUGAUUUCCAAGGUUUCCACAAACAUUGCUUUUUUCAUAUUUUAUCCACCCACAUAACGGCAUACGUAAUAAAUUGAAAAACUGAAAA